CUUAAUGAGCUUGAUUAGUCUGAGCAUUAAAAGGCAGAAACUAGUUUUAAAAGUGUUAUCUUCAGUGACUUGCUUGAAGACACUCAAUGAACGAGGAGCAGUGCUGGAAGUGGAGGGUGAGUCCCUCCUGAUCAGGUACCACUUUUAUCCAUUCUGUGCAGGAAUUGGUGAAGAUUUGCAUCGGCUGAUACGGUGCACUGAGUAUUUUGUUGCCUCAAGAAAAAGUCUGAGAUUUGGUUCUACCAAGCAGCCAGUCAUUUAGAUAUUUAAUUAUUGUUUUCAGAUAGCCUUAGUCCUUAGUUUGCAAAUCAAGAGGAAGUCUUGCAGACUAAGUUUCUGGUGAGGCUUCUACCUUUUGCUGACAAUUGCCAGCCACUCUGAGAUACCCGGAAUAGUUCUCUUCUACAGAAAUGAGGAAGUGCCAAUACUUCCAUGGGUUAGUGAGAUUAACUUCCCCACACACACACAAUAGUGCAGAAGAAUUGUUUGAGUCAGAUCAUCAUUCUGCCUGUCUCAGCCAUCCAACUCUGAGCAGUCUGCAGCAGUUUUGCUUGCUGAGAUGCUCCCAUAAACAUCCCUGUGUUCCUGCUUACUCUCCCCAUGCAACCCAAUUCAUUCUAGCUCCCAUGCUGGUUCAGCAAAUCUUUUUAACAACCUAAUCCUGCAGCCUUUUAAAUUGAUAGCAAAGUACCUUCUGACUUGUAUGAGGAGCAAUGUCAGUCUUUGAUUGGUUUGACAAAUGUUAAUUGUUAUUUUGACAUGAGCUGGGUAAUCCAGGAUAACCUCAGAAGACUUCAGUCCGUCCAGUAGCCUAAAUUUCACAUGGAUGGGGCUCUGCAAGUCCCACUGUGCCAUGUCGCUUGCUCUCCCAGAUGGGUCAGGAGACCAGCCAUGACAGCAACUCUUACAUGACUUGUUACAAAACUGGGAAAUUCCCUGUGAAAAUGAAAUCGUGCCAAUAACAGCAACCUUUUCGGAGAGUCAGUAAAAGUCAAGGCCUGGUCAUGGAGAGCUCUGCAUCACAGUUCAUUUCUACAGUUAGCCCAAACCCUCGGAGCAAGUCGCCAGCGGAGGAAGAGCUGCCCCAGGAGAGCUCGGGGGCGCAGGCUGAGCAGUGGGGCGCAGCCCUGUAGUUGGCCCCGGCCCGGUGCAGCGCAGCAGUCUCUAACGGAGCAGGUAUCGGAGGAGAGCCGUCCGGGCCCGCGCCUUCGCCCUUCCCGGCGCUCUCCCCACUCUCCGGCACCCGGCAGGAGCCCCGCGGGAGGAGGCGCGCGGGGAAACGAAACUGAGCCGGCCGCUCCGCUCCGCCCCGGGCCGGGCCGGGCCAUGGCUGCUGCUGUCGACCUCGAGCGGCUCCUGGGCGCCGUGGACCUGAGCUGCACUUUCUGCCUGCAGUACUUCACGGACCCCGUGCGGCUCACGGGCUGCACCCACAGCUUCUGCCGGCCCUGCAUCAUCGCCUACUGCAAGGGGAGGCAGCGAUUCGGCUGCCCGCUCUGCCGGAAAGGCUUCCAGCUGAAGGACCUGCAGCCCAACCGGGAGCUGGCCGCUUUGGUGAACUUAAUCCCGCAGGAACUAAAGGAAAAAGAGUUGGAAACACAAGAUGAAACGAAACCCUUCGGAGCUGUUCCCUGCAACGACCGCAGCUCGGCGGGGCGGCGACCUGGGGAGAAGGAGGAAGAGAUAUGGGACAUCUCCAAGCAACUAGAAACAACUGCAGAGACUAUCCACCUCUUGAGGAAAGAUCUCAGUACAGCAAAGGAAUAUGCAUCUCAGAUCAAAAGCCAGAUUACUAAAGAUUUCUGUUGCAUGAAGGAAUAUGUUGAAAGACAGGAGAGAAGCACACUGAUGUUCAUUGAACAAGAGCAAAAAGCAGCUCAGCAGAAAAUUGAAGAGACUAUUCACCAGCUCUGUGUUGAAGUGAACGAGCUCACAGACAUCAAAGCCCAAACGAGUAACUUACCUGAGAGACAUAGGUACAAAGGCUCCCCUUCAACAAUGAAUAAAAUUACACUUCAUGAGAAGCUUAAUGUUGUCAAAAGUGCCGUAGAAGAUCUUAAGAGAAAGCUGGAAUUUUUACUUUUGGAGAAAUACGCUCGGCAGUUCGCACCAGUGCAACCUCCAGAUUUAUAUCAGGAGACAAGUGUCUGCUUAUUAUCUCCAGAGUCUGCAGCUAAAAAUCCAGAACCAAUGAUUUCAAGCCAGUUCUCUCAGUGGGCAGAUGAUGUGACUUUUGAUCUCACAAGAGUGUAUGAGCGCUUAGCAAUCACAGCCCAGAACAGGAAGGUAAUGGUUUCCACCUACCCGACUGAUUGUGGACCAUCACCCAAGAGAUUCUGCAUCAGCCAAGUGAUGUGCUCACAGAGCUUCUCUACUGGGUGCCACUACUGGGAAGUAAUUACCAAGGACAGUGAUGGAUGGGCUGUUGGAGUUGCUCAUGAAAUGAUUGGUAAAAAGGACAAAUUAGGAAGAACAGAGCAUUCCUGGUGUGUAGAAUGGCUAGGUUCCAAAAAGCAGCUGUCAGCAUGGCAUAGGGAUCAAGAAACAUUAUUACAGAAGGAAAAACCAUUGAAGGUUGGAGUUUUGCUGGAGCUACAAAAGAAGACCGUGUCAUUUUACUCCAUCACUGACAAAGAAAUGCUUUUGCAUACAUUUGAAAUCAAUACCUCAAAUCCUCUUUACCCUGCUUUCUGGCUAUAUAGUCUAGAAAGAAAUGGAUCUUUAACUCUAAGUCACACAAACAGGAGGUAAAGCCUGUUCAGACAAGUGAGAAUUUUGGCUAUAACUGCAGAGCUUCUAUAGAAACUUCAGUAUUUAGCACAGGAAUUUGCCAAGGAGCAUAUAGUUACUCAGGCUUUCCUGGAAAUCAGCAACUGAUGCUUUGUCUGUUCUGCUUUUCUUCAUGCUGUGCUCUGAUCUAGCCAUACGUCAUUAAAGCAAUUCCACUGUAUGCUAAAGGUAGUAACCAUCCCUGUGGGAGUGAGGUGGAUUUCUUAAGCAGCUUUAAAUAGUCCCACGAUAUUCCUGUGAAGGAAUGCACCAAGUAUGCUCUGAGGUUGGGGAUAAGUGCUUCACACAGACCUCAUUUUCCUACACUGAUCCAAAAAUUGUAUGAGAACAGAUGAUGCCAUUUCAUUCUGUCAAGUGAGCUUUGUGUAGAAAGAUCUGGUGAAGGAAUGCUCAGAGGGCAAGAAUGUUACUGAUCUCAUGCAUGACAAUCUUUUAUCUUUAUAGUGGGUACUAAACUACAGGAAAUAGGCUUUGUAUUUGAGGACCUGAGGCUUCAGGAAAGUCUCCCAGAAGAACAUGCUGUCUCACUGGCACCGCGUCUUGUUUUAGUCUUGCUUGGGCCAAAGGGUUGUCACUUCUGGUGGUGGUGUGACCGCAGGAAUGGUUUUGGAAGCGGAUGUGUUCAAAUGUGUUUGUACCAGCUAAUAAAUCAUGUGGUUGCUUUAUUGCUCUUUUAAAGAGCCAGCAAACAGGA